AUGUUGGAUGGCUGCAGACAGAGCGUCUGUCCAAAUGACCGGGGCCCGUCAACAUCAUUGGGACAAGACAGUCCUCAAAUAGUUGAACCACAUGAAGAAGAUCUUCCUGAUGUGUCUCCAAAUGCAGGAGUUAGCAGCAACCAAGCAGUACCUUCUAUUGUUUUGUCUGAGUACAUGAGAGCUAUUGAAACUGAAAGAAGGUGCUUCAUUGAAGGAUGCCGAGGAACAGAAAGAUACAGAGUAGCACUUACUACUCGUAAAAUGUUAUUUAAUGAAUAUAAAUAUUACAUCCCUCAAAAUAACCGUCUUUGUGCUCAACAUUUGGUUAUCGAAGCAUGGGAUUUACUGGAUAGUUUGACAUCCAAUUAUGUUCAGACAUUUACUGAGAGACAUAUUUAUGAUAUGAUGUCUCUAAGAGUAAAUAAAUAG